ACAUUGUUGUCUGUGGGUGUGUUCCUUAAACCAAUCCAGCUACAAACCAUGUCUCUUGCAGGGAAGCUUGAGAGUGAAAUAGAAGUCAAUGCUCCUGCACACAGGUUUUACCAAUUCUUCAAACAUGAAAUUUCCCAUGUCGUAAAUGUUUGUCCAAACUUAAUCAAAAAGAUUAAAGUUCAUAAAGGCGACUGGAAGGAUCAUUGUCAUGGCUCGAUCAAAGUCUGGAAUUACGUUGUUGAUGAUAAGGCUGAAGAGUUGAAAGAACGAGUUGAAUUCGACGACAAGAAUCUUGUGGUGUGUAUGAUUGGAUUAGAAGGAGAUGUGUUCGAGCAUUACAAAGUCUUCAAAGCAAUAUUCAAGUUUGUGCCAAAGGGACCCAAUCGCAGCGCCGUAAUUCUUAUCUUGGAAUAUGAGAAACUUCACGAUGGUCCUCCGUACCCUCACAAGUACCAUGAUGCGAUGCAUAAGCUGGCUAAGGAUAUUGAAUCUCACCUUAAAUAAUAACAACCUUCGAUAUGUCUAAAUUUGAGUUUUGUCUUUUCGACCUGUAUUCUGAUAUGAACGAGUACGUUAUGUCAGAGUUAGUUCGUUGAGAUGGUGAGGGUUUCAUAAAAAAAGUAAAUAAUGGGUAUCCUCAUGUACAAUAAACGGAUGAAACUCAAAUAUAAUGUUUGCUUAAAUAUAA